UGAGUUCCUCAUUCAGGGCGAGUGUAACAGUGCGUGUCAACUGGCUGACCUGUCAAACCAAAUACCACUACUCUGUCAGUCAGUCUGAUGAAACACACCGAGAAAAGAUCGAAAGACUUGGCUGCUAUUUCACAUUGGAUGAACUGUUUCCUUAACAAAGGAUACUCACUCAGAGAGGCAGGAUGGGCUGCAUGAAGUCCACAUUGAGCGAAGGUCUGAGCAGAGGUGUGGAGGGGAAGAUCGGCCAGCAGACUGUACGUACUGAGCAAACGCACUAUGUCAGAGACCCUACCUUCAAUACAAAAAACAACAUAAAUAAUUCCCUGUUACCUGGUCAGGUGUUCCAAAAGAUGGAAGAGCAAAAGGGGGGUGAUAAAAUAAUGGUUGGCCUUUACCCGUAUGAAGCUGUGCACCCUGACGACUUAGGAUUCAAGAAGGGAGAAAAGAUGAAAAUUCUGGAGGAACAUGGGGAGUGGUGGAAAGCAAAAUCACUGACAACCAACAAAGUAGGAUUCAUCCCAUCCAAUUAUGUUGGCCGAGCUGACACUAUGGAAACAGAAGAUUGGUUUUUCAAGGACAUUACAAGAAAAGAUGCAGAGAGGCAGCUGCUGGCACCAGCAAACAAACCAGGCUCUUAUCUUAUCAGGGAAAGCGAAACAUCAAAAGGAAGCUACUCAUUGUCCAUCAGAGACAUGGACGCCCAGGGCACAGAUGUGGUCAAACACUAUAAGAUCAGGAAGAUGGAUAAUGGUGGAUACUACAUCUCUCCUAAAAUCUCCUUCCAGGACAUUGGUAGCAUGAUCAAACACUACCACAACAAAGCAGAUGGCCUGUGUCGUAAACUGGACCGUCCAUGUGUGAAGCCCAAAGCCCAGAAGCCCUGGGAUAAAGACGCCUGGGAGAUUUCCAAAGAGUCCAUUACGAUGGUGAAGAAACUCGGAGCCGGGCAGUUUGGAGAAGUCUGGAUGGCUUACUACAACAACACAACCAAAGUGGCGGUGAAGACGUUGAAGCCAGGCACCAUGACGGUUGAAGCCUUUCUGGAUGAAGCCAACGUCAUGAAGACUCUGCAGCACGACAGGCUGGUGCGACUCUAUGCUGUUGUCACCAAGACAGAACCCAUCUAUAUCAUCACUGAAUUUAUGGCAAAUGGGAGCCUACUAGACUUCUUAAAAAGCGACGAAGGAUUCAAACUGCAACUACCCAAGCUCAUCGAUUUCUCAGCUCAGAUAGCAGAGGGCAUGGCGUAUAUAGAGAGGAAGAAUUACAUUCACAGAGACCUGAGAGCAGCUAAUGUCCUGGUGUCAGAGAGUCUGCUAUGUAAAAUAGCUGAUUUUGGACUGGCAAGAGUCAUAGAGGAUGACGAAUACUCUGCCAGAGAGGGAGCCAAGUUCCCCAUUAAGUGGACCGCUCCUGAGGCCAUUAACUAUGGCUCCUUCACCAUCAAGUCAGACAUGUGGUCCUUUGGAGUUCUGCUUUAUGAGAUUAUAACCUAUGGAAAAAUCCCGUACCCAGGUAUGUCCAAAGGAGAGGUGAUGUCCUCGGUGCAGCAUGGCUACCGGAUGCCUCAGCCCCACAACUGUCCUGCGGAGCUUUAUGAGAUCAUGAUGUCCUGUUGGAAGGACAAACCUGAAGACAGGCCCACCUUUGAUUACAUGCAGAGUGUCCUGGAUGACUUCUACACAGCCACAGAGGGACAGUACCAGCAGCAACCAUAAACAGGGACAUUUCCAACAAAUAAAGACAUUCCACAUUCACUCCAGAUUAUACUUGGAGCCACAUUAGUUAUAUAUUUUUAUUUUUUGUAAUUUUUGUAUAUCUAUAUCUACAUACAUUUAUAUAUUGUACAUCUUUAACAGUUGCUUUUUAACAACCUACAGGUUCCAGAAUAUGCUAUAUUGUCUCUACUGAAUGAGUUAUUUGUCUGCUCAAAUUAUAUUUACUAUAUAUAUAUAUAUAUAUAUAUACUAUAUUAACUAUAUUUAGGGCACCUAUAUUACUCUAGGAGAAGAUAGAUUUUGCACAAAUUUCAUAAAAACAGAUGGGCAUUUAUUUUAUUUUUAUUCUUUGACACUAGAGUCUUAUUUGCGAAGGCAUUGCUAUCUAUAUGCUCUAAAUAGACAGUUCCAUUUCAGUUAAGAUUGGAUACAGAGGGCUGAACAAGCAGCAACAUUAUACAAAAAUUUUGUAAAGCUAAGGUAGAUUAUAGCAAGGUUAAUGUAUUGCUUCUGUAGAAACAGCUGCCUCUUAGAGACUGAUUCUAUGUAAACAAAGUGACAAAAUGGAAAAGGUUGACAUGCUACAUAUUGAACCAGCUGCUAAAAUGGCUAACAGGUAAAACAACACCUUUUCAUACCGAGCAAACAUUUAAUGAUCACCCUGACUUCAGAGCGAUUAAUACAUCAUUUUAUUGGUGUUAUUCAAGUGACUGAAUUGCAAGGCACAUCUCCCAGGCUGUAAUUAGUGGUGGUCUUUUUCAAGUAGAAAACGCAAUCCUCCUAACUGCCAGGUAUGUUAGAACAGCAUUAUAUGUUGUGACGAUCCAUGAUAAUAUUUCCAUUUGGGUUAAUAGUUAAGGUGCAAAAAAUAUAUACAUGUAAGAUAUACACAUUGUCUAUACAUUAUCACUAUGCAUUUUACAUUUCAUGACUGAAUAUAUCAUAAGCUGUUCUGUUUGUUUGCUGUUCACUAAGCAGUGAAGGGUUGUGCACCUUGAAGUCCACUUCAUAUUGAAGUGCUGUAACUCCUGCUUGUUUUGUUUGUCUCUGAAGCCUGUACUCUUUCUUUAUCAUUUCCUCAUUUCACUUAUGGUUUUUGCAUAAUCAAAUGCGUGAUCUAGCUUUAGAAGCUGCACUUGAUUUUGAAGUUUGAUGGUUCUUGGUAUUAAAUGAAUAAAAUUUAAAUGUAACCUUUUGAACAUUGGGAGCAUGAACUGUCUGUUUGUUUGUUAUUUAAUGAUUAUUUGAUUUGUGUGCUUGUUGUUAAUUCAAAUGAGAACAUUUUGUAUGAACCACAGUUAUAGGCAGUAAAUCUUAUUCUGCGUUAGAUGCUUUUACAUACAUUUAGCUUGUAUUUAAGUGAUGUGGCUGUCACAUGAAUGAAUAUCCAUUGAAGAUAUGAUAUGUAACAUUUCAGAAUAAAAUGUCUAAAAAUGGAUUUAUGUUUGUUGUAUAUUCUGUUGAGU